AUGGGAGAUAAUCAACAGAGAGUUUAUCCGGUUCUUCAAAUGGAAGCCAACAAAACGAAAACAUCACCAGCUCGUGGAAAGACAGGACACCUUCCAAUACAGCAGCCAAUUCCGCCUCCUAUGAUGGCCAACAAUACAGAAACAUCACUAGCUCGCGGCAAGACAGAGCAGCUUCCUAUACAACGACCAAUUUUGCCUCCUCUAAUGGUGCGUAAUAAGAAGCAAAAUCUAUGCUGUAAAUGCUUCUGUUGGGCCCUAAGCCUUCUAAUCACUGCCUUUAUCGCAUUAGCAGUUGCAAUUGCAGUUAUAUACUUUGUUUUCCACCCUAAACUCCCACAGUACGAGGUCAACAGUUUACGCGUUACCAACCUUGGAAUCAAUCUAGACCUCUCUCUCUCCGCGUUAUUCAAAGUCGAGAUCACAGCUCGUAAUCCCAACAAAAAAAUCGGGAUUUACUACAAGAACGGAGGCCGUAUCGGUGUGUGGUACACCAAGAUAAAGCUAUGUGAAGGUCCCAUACCAAAAUUUUAUCAUGGACAUCACAAUGUGACUAAGCUAAAUGUGGAUCUAACUGGAAGAGCACAAUACGGAAACAGUAUCUUGUCUGCAUUGCAACAGCAGCAACAAACAGGACAUGUCCCGUUAGAUCUCAAAGUGGAUGCACCUGUUGCCAUCAAACUAGGGAAUUUGAAGCUAAAGAAGAUUCAGAUAUUGGGAAAAUGCAAGCUUGUUGUUGAUAGUUUAUCAACAAACAAUAGAAUAAAUAUCAAAGCAAGUGAUUGCAGUUUUAAGCUUAAACUUUGA